UAAAAGGUUUGGCUGAUGCUCGACAGCUCUCUUUAUAAAAAACCACCAGCCAUUUUGAUGCCCACACUUCACCGGGAAACGGUUCCUUUGCUGGCUGCUGCUCUCCAGUGGACCUGAAGGUUACUUUCUCAAGAUGGCAGAAGAGGAAGAGAUCACCUAUGAGGAAGAGGAAGAGGAAGAGGAGGAAUACAUAGAGGAGGAAGAGCAGGAGACUAUUGUAGAAACAAAAAAGGCACCAGUGGCUCCCAAACCUGCCCCUCCACCUCCUGCAACAGUGCCUCCCCUACGCCGAAAAUCAUCUGCCAAUUACCGGGCCUACGCCAUUGAGCCACACGACAAGAUAAAAUGCAAGAUAUCAGCUUCUCGGAAAUUGCAACUCAAGUCACUGAUGCUCCAAGUGGCUAAGAAGGAAAUGGAAAAGGAAGAAGAAGAACGCUCCCAGGAUAAAGAGCGAUUUCUCUCUGACCACUGUAUCCCAUUAGAACUGGCAGGAUUCGGCUUCACAGAACUGCAGAAGUUAUGUCAGCAGCUGCAUGCACAAAUUGACAAAAUUGAUGAGGAGCGUUAUGACAUGGAGGCCCGGGUCAAUAAGAGCAUCAACGAGAUCCAAGAUUUGAACCAGAAGAUUUUUGACCUGCGAGGCAAAUUUAAACGCCCUGCUCUUCGCCGGGUGCGUCUCUCGGCUGAUGCCAUGAUGCAGGCCUUGCUUGGCUCCAAGCACAAGGUCUCUAUGGAUCUGCGGGCCAACCUCAAACAGGUCAAGAAAGAUGACACAGAGAAGGAGAAUCGGGAAGUAGGUGACUGGAGGAAGAAUAUCGAUGCUCUGAGUGGCAUGGAAGGGCGCAAGAAAAUAUUUGAGACCUCAGUCGCAGGACAGGCCUAAGGCACAAAAGAUGCCUCUCUCUGGAUGAUGCAUGCUUCACCCUUACUUGGAAGCCCUGAGGUUCUUGAUGCCAAAGAAGGUAGUGAUGCCAAAGAAGAAAGGAAAGGGAAAAAAGCUGUGUCAUUCAAUCUGUGCUUUUGUAGCUAUGGUGGUUACACUAAGGCAGGGGUCUUCAAACUUGGCAACUUUAAGAUUUAUGGACUUCAACUCCCAGAAUUCCUCAGCCAGCCCUUCUGGGAGUUGAAGUCCAUAAGUCUUAAAGUUGCCAAGUUUGAAGACCACUGCACUAAGGGGUGUUUUAGAAAAGACAGCAAUGCUUUUUUGCAGGGUGUUCCAAUCAGGAUGUUGUCUAAUCCCUGAUGAUCAAAAUGUUGCCCACUUUACUGGCAAACACUGCUGCUGUUCUUCUUGAGUGCACUUUCCCCCCUCAGUGUCAAAAGGAGUGCAGUUGGAUCCUACUUUUUGCUUCCUGAUUCUGAACACUUUCACUUUCUUGGGAAUUCCAGUCAGCUCAUUUUGGGGAAACCAACCAACCUUUGAUCCUUGGCAACAGCAAUUGGCUCUGUCUAAUAUGAUUCCAGGACAUCUCUCUUGGCACAUGCCAGCUUUUUCUACUGCAUAGGUUUGGGGCUUAAGCUUUGCUAAAUGCUAGCAUUUCGCAACAGUUUCUAGCCUCAUUUCUAUCUGCAAAAAUAUUCCCCAUACAGACAACACAAAUGGUGCUUGAUCUAAGCUCAAUCUUGGUUUGUAAAGAUGCCCUCCCGCCUAGAGAGAAGCAGGCUUGGCUUGGAAAGAUGCCCCCCCCCCCAGAAAGAAGCAGGCUUAGACACUGGAUUAGGAGCAGGAAGAGUCAGGUUCAUUUUCAGCCCUUCAAUGGAUGGCUUUGAGCCUCUCAUUCUCUUUCAGCCUACUUCCCAAGGUUGUUGUUGUGAGAGGAAAGGAGAAGAGGGAGCACUAUAUUUGUCAUCUUGAACUUCUGAAGGGAUGGAAAUCCAGAUAGAUAAAUAAAAGACUAAAGUGAAUUGGGAAUAACGGGAGGCUUUCGGAAAGGCUGGUAAGAAGCCAUUUUGUGAAAGCACCCAGACAUACAAAUUGUGAGACUACAAUGAGUUGAAGGAGGAUCAAACUGUGCGAUGAAAUGAUGGUCUUUAAUCAUUAGACAGUUAUCAUAUGUUGUAUAAAAGUCAUUGAAAGCAGUACUGAAUUGCUGGAAUUGAAUUCUGACUAAUCACUUCUGGGUAACCCCAAAGUAAUAGGUAGGAAUCCUGCCUGGGAGGGGUAUCCACCGGAAUGGAGGAAGGGGUGACAAAAUGGUGGAUAUGAUGGAAGCCCCACCCCUUUCGAACACAUCUGAGACUCAAAAAGCGUUGAGGAUUCUCUUGUAUCAUUGGGGUAGUUUGACUCUUUUGCCCUCCCUGCCGAAGCCCUCAUUUGUUUGUUUUUUUUCUAAUGAAUUACUGUUGCCCGAUGAAAAUAUUUCUAGCAACUAGUUUAUUUGCCUUCAAUUAAUUGUUUCUUUUUAAAAAACAAAAUCUUUUAUUUGUGUUCACAUUAAAAAUACACCAUUCACACUUCAGCCCACUGAUGGUUAACACUGGUCACAAUUAAAGCACAAAGAAACAGGUAUUUUUUUUUUUUUUAAUGAAGAAACAGAAAGAGAAUGCAACAAUUUGCAGAUUUGUGUCAAGUCAGUGAAUUGUCAAAACGGCAACAUGUUUAACUAGAAACAGCUGCUGCUGAAACACACAUACAACAGAGGCACGUCCUUUUAAUGACAAUGUAGUAUAACAUAAAUAAAUAAACAUUCAUAAUCAA